CGUUUUUUGUUUGUCUUCUCAACAAUAUUCUCUGUAUCCAAUCUCUUCGGGUUUUGUUUUUUCUCUGUUAACGUGUCCUGAUCCCAAGGGAUUUGCGGAGGCUAGCUGCUUUUUGUUUCUGUCCAUAUAAGUCUCUCAGGUAGGAACCGAGGCUGAAUUCUGUAUACUACUGCUUGUUUUCAUCAAAUCCCUGGUUCUGAAAACAGGGUUUGCAGAUAAAAAAGAAAAGCGAUAGGGUUUUCAGGUUUCCAGGAAAUGGAAAACGUUUCAGAGCUUUACAAGGAAGAAGAACAGAUGGAUUUGCCACCAGGAUUCCGAUUCCAUCCAACUGAUGAAGAGCUCAUUAGUCACUACCUGCUCAACAGAGUUACAGAUAGCAGAUUCUCUGCCAGAGCUAUUGGAGAGGUGGAUUUGAACAAGUCUGAGCCCUGGGAAUUGCCAUGGAAAGCGAAAAUGGGAGAGAAAGAAUGGUACUUUUUCUGCGUGAGAGACAGAAAGUACCCAACUGGAUUGAGGACUAACAGGGCCACGGAAGCUGGUUAUUGGAAAGCCACAGGGAAAGACAAGGAGAUAUACAGAGGCAAAGCCCUGGUUGGCAUGAAGAAAACCCUUGUUUUUUACAAGGGUAGAGCACCUAAAGGAGAGAAAACCAACUGGGUUAUGCACGAAUACAGAUUGGAGGGUAAAUUCUCGGUCCACAACCUCCCCAAAACUGCAAAGAAUGAAUGGGUGAUAUGUAGGGUAUUUGAAAAGACUUCUGGAGGGAAGAAAAUCCAUAUCCCUGGCAUAGUUGGAUUAGGCUCAUUUGGUGGUGAAUUGGGUCCUCCUAAUCUUCCACCAUUAAUGGAUUCUUCUCCUUAUAAUGGCAAUAACGCCAAGCCUUUUGCUGAAUCCGCUUACGUGCCCUGCUUCUCCAACCUCAUGGAUGCUCAAAGAAACCAACAAGGGAUGGUGGGUUCCUUCAACGAUUUUCUGUAUGGAGUUUCCUCAAAUCCCACCGAUAAUCUUCCAAGAAUCCCACUUUCAAGCUCCUUCUAUUCCACUCAAACCACUCCAAUUCCUGCAAAUCUCCAAUUCCAAGGCUCUGUUACAAUGCAAGACCACGCAUACCUAAGGGCCAUACUUGGAAAUCAAGGAUCAAUCAUGAGGCAGAGUUUCAAAACAGAGAGGGAGAUGGUUAGUGUUUCACAGGAAACUGUCCUGACUACUGAUGUGAAUGCCGAAAUCUCUUCGGUCAUGUCAAAUCUCGAAAUGGGUAGGAGGCCAUUUCAAGAGGGCCCAUCUACCUCAGCUGGGCCAGAAGACCUUGACAAUUUGUGGAAUUAUUGAAAAAUAAAACAUGAGAGAAAUCAGAAGAAAGAUGUAAACUGAGGAGGUAAUAGCAGAAAGAGGAAGAGCAGCAGCUUGAGUUACUAUUA